AAAAGGCUCUAAUGUUAGUUGAUGAUUGUACAUGGCAUUGAAUCUUGAAGAGUCUAGAAUUAAAGAUUAUUAUAGGUAUGAAAGUCAACAUAGUAGUUCUAUUUAUUGUCACUACCUUUUACGAUGGGCAAUUUCAUUUCUAUCAAGGAGCUGCUAAUGCCCAUCUUGGUCUUAUCAGCGGACUCAAUGGCAAUGCCGGUCUCAGUGUAACUGCAGAUCUUUCAAAACCCAGAAGAAUUUUGGGUGGCAUCUUCAGCCACAUAGGAAACAAAUUAAGUUCAGGCAGUGGAAUUCAAGCAUCCGCAAACUUUGGGUUAGGUUCAGGCGGUAGCGGAAAUAACGAUUAUGGCUUUAGAAGAGAAUAUCAAAAUUCUAUGCCAAAUGAGUAUCAAUGGAGACCCGAUAUUUCGUAUUCUGGAUCGGGUGAUUUUAGAGCAGAUCUAACUCAAACACAUCAGGACGGUAAUUAUCCUCGUGGACUCGAAACACAAUAUCAACCUCCUCCACCAAACGAACACCAACGGAGUAAAGAAAUUGCGUAUCCUAGCUCCAUUGAUUUCGACAUCGAUCGAACUCACUCAUAUCGGACAGGUAAUUAUCCCAAUAACCGCAGAAGAGAACAACAACGUUCUCCAUCGCACAAGCAUCAUUGGAAUCGAGAAAAUUCGUAUUCUAACACCGGUGAUUUUGAUACCGAUCUGACCCUCACUCAUUCGAUGAGGGAUCAUAAUCGAGUCUCUGGUCAUCGUCGCUACCCCCAUUUAUCUGAUCUAACACUUCCAGUUAUUAUCUUAAACGAUGUAGACAGUGCUAAAGAUAAAACCAAACCUGACGAGAUCGAAGGCAUUGUCAACCAGAUAGAACAAACAGGAAAUGAAUUAAUUAAGGCCGGAGAAAUUACAGCAUCUGCUUACAAUAAUUAUUCUCGUGGCUUCAGAAAAGAGGAUAAAAAUACUCCACCAAAAGAGCAAAGAAAAAAUUACGAAAAUGUUCCUUCUGCUAAAUUUAACGUAGAUCUGACUCACUCUCAUAAGAUGGAUGAUCACGACAAACCCAAUGAAAACCUUGACCAUCGUCACCGUUUCAAAUUACCUGAUCUAUCAGAGCUAUCGAGUCCCAAAAUGUCAGUUUUAACUUCAGGGAGAGCUUACUUCUCGAAAGAUGAGAUGAAACAAGCCGAGAUUGAACCACCUAAAAAGUCUGGUGGAAGAAUUUUGGGCGAGUAUGUAAGUCAGAUGGGACAAGAAUUGAGAAAAGCCGGUAUACUUAAGCCAAUCGCAGACGAUGAUUAUUCAAAUAACCGUACAAAAGAGAACCAACGUCCUCAAUGGAACAAGAAUCAACAGAAUCCCGAAAAUGUAGAUUCUUCUUUCAAUUAUUUAGGAGCAGAUCUUAAAGCAGAUUUGAGCUUGUAUCGUACGAUAGGAUCAGUCAACGGAAAUGAUAGGAAUUCGGAAACAAGUAAGAAUCUAAAAUUACCUGAUCUACCAGAUCAAUCGAUUCCAAAAAUGUCAAUUUUAACCUCAAGCAGGACAGACACUUCUCAAGACAAAGUCGACUACGACGAUAAAGAAUCAACUAAAAAGGCUAGUGGAACGUUUUUAGGCGGUAUCGUUAGUCGAAUCGGCAACAAAUUAAGGGGAGCCGGUGGAGAGCAAGCACCCAGCGAUGGUAAUAUUUCUUACGACAACCGCAAACACAAUCAACAAAAUCCCGGAAAUUUCGAUUCUGGCUCUAGUCAUUUAAAAGCAGACCUUGAAGCAGAUUUGACCUUGCCUCGUCCCACAGGCAAUAUCAACGGAAACAAUCGAAAUUUAGAUACACGUCAGGAUCUAAAAUUACUAGAUCUACCAGAUUUAUCGAGUUCCAGAAUGCCAGUUUUAACCUCAAGUGGGGCAAAGAAUUCCCGAGACCAAACUAACUACGACGAAAAUGAAAUGACAAAAAAGGCUAGUGGAACAUUUUUAGACGGUAUUGUUAGUCGGAUUGGUAACAAAUUAAGGGGAUCCAGUGGAGAUCAAGCAUCCACUGGUACUAAUAUUCCCCCUAAUCGCAGGAAAGACAAUCAACGAAAUAUCGAAAAUUUCGAUUCUGAUUCUAGUCAUUUCAAAGCAGAUCUUGAAGCUGAUUUGACUUUGUCUCGUCCGAUAGACAAUACCAACGGAAACGAUAGAAAUUCGGAUACACGUCAGAAUCUCAAUUCCCCUGAUCUAACGGAUCUAUCAAAUCCCAGAAUGCCAGCUUCAACUUCAAGUAGGGUAGACACUUCUCAAGAUAAAACUAACUACGACGAAAAUGAAUCGACUAAAAAGGCUAGUGGAACAUUUUUAGGCGGUAUCGUUAGUCAAAUUGGCAACAAAUUAAGGGGAUCCAAAGGAGACCAAGCAUCCACCGAUGGUAAUAUAUCUAACAACCGCAGCAAAGACAAUCAACGAGAUCUCGGAAAUGUCGAUUCGGGCUCUGGUCAUUUAAAAGCUGAUCUUGAAGCAGAUUUGACACUGUCUCGUGCAAGAAACAAAGCUCAUAGAAACAAUGUUUCAGCAUCAAGCACGGCUGAUAUUUCCGAAGAUUCAACCAACCCCAACGAGAGUGAAGCACCUAGAAAGACUGGUGGAAGAUUUUUGGGCGGGAUUGUCAAUCGUAUUGGAAACAAAUUAAGUAGAACGGGUGGAAUCCAUGCAUCGGCCAGCCUUACGAUAGGUGCAGGUAAAGGCGGGUCUGAAGAGGCGGAAAAUUCUCGCAGUACUCAUGAUGAACCGCAACAUAAACUUCACAUCAGUAAAGUCUUCAACGCAUUCAUUUAAGGGGCCUACCGGUAACAAUUCAGUUUGUAAUAAGCGGAGCAAUUACACAGCUCUUAAGAGAAGUUUAAAAUAAAAUAAAAUACCAACAAACUAAA